AUGGUGGUCAUGGCGGAAGUAGGAACAGCCCCCACCCCCACCCUUGUCUCCUCCCACCGGGAACAACCAACCUCGGCUCCAUGGGUAUCUGGGGAUUCAUCUACAACUUCACGUAAUCGCUUCCUAACCAACCCGGUUGUGGAAUCCCUGCCUGGCCCGGAUCGUAGGGAGACCAUAACUCGAGUUCUAACCGGCUUCGGCAAGUUCGUCGUCGAUUCUGCUGUGAGCGAUUCUCUCAAAGGUCGGAUGCAAGUGUAUAAGAUAGUGAAGGAAGGAUUGAAGGAUGAAGCUCCUGUAGAACUAGCAAAUUUGAACAAUAAAGCACCACAUACAUUAAUGAUGGAGGAGAUGCAGGCUCGGAUGGAGAAAAUGGAAUAG